GCAAACUGUUGGCAGAACAAAUACACUUGUACUGAUACUUUCUUCCUCGACUCCUAGAAACUGAACAAACGACAACGCCACACCUCCCUCCUUCCUUCCCCACGAUUCGUCCCUCACUCUCCCUCUCUCGCGCCCGGAUCAGGACGUGGUCUCUCGCUCUGCGCCAAACGCACCGCAUCGGAGGAUCUCAAUCGCCACCCCGUAGCUGUCCACCACCUGAGGAUGGCGGACCUGGCGCUCGGCGCGGGGCGGGAUUGGGGCGGGGCCGGGCAUGCGCCGGGAUCCACGACCUCGCUCGAGGCCCGUUUCUCCUCGGGAGACACGCGGUGGCGGGUUACGUUCGCUCCGGAUCUCAUGGCGGCGCGCUCCAUCACCUUCGCCGCCGGCGAGCUCCUUCUCCGUCAGGAUGCGCUACGUUUGGUUCUUCUCGAUGAUCGCGGCAGCACGGUGGACGCCCGAUCCCUACGCAUCGACGAGAUGAUCGACAUCAGGGCUCCAGGCGGGGGACGACGUCAAGCAGCUUCGGGCAGGGGCGGAGAUGAUUCGCGACGGGACGACAAGGCUGAUGCGAGCCUGUGAUGCAACUAUCAAGAUUGGAGACUAAAAAUUAAAAAUAGGGAAGGAGAUCGACGGAUUAUCCCCCAAGCUCUUCAUACUUAUGCUGCGGCUUGUUUUACCCCGGUCGUCUGGACAAAGGACUUCUAUUUUGAGCUAUGGCUACUGGUGUUUUGUUGUCAUACUUUCUGGUGGCUUUUGGACUGUCGUUUGUAAUAGGUCUAGAUAUUUGGUGCUACUAGGUUUUCGCCCCAUGGCGCCCGUUUCGAUGGCGGGCGGGUGCCGUGGGUUUCCUAGUAGUGCGUUGAACUCGCUCUCCCCUUCUCCCUGUUCUUAGUCUCAUCCCUGUUUCUCAGACCGGUUGUAUUUCCGUUCUAAGUAAUGGAAAGGGGGUUAUCCCGGUUCAAAAAAAAUGAUAACCCCCUAUG